UUUAUUUCAAUAUUUUGAUGUGGCCACCCAGUUGCACAUUGCAGUCACAACAUGGCUUGUGCUAGUAGUAGUAUGAGUGUUUUUGGUAACGCCGUCUCGCAACUAUUAAAUAGCUGGAAGGCUUUGCAAUUGGCUGUGGAGCACGGCUUUGGGGGAGCAGAGAGCAGAGAAAAAGCAAAGUGGUUGAUUUAUGCCAUUGAAACUUGGUUUACAGAGAAUGAAGGUAUUGAAACAUUUGAAGUGGAAGAUUUUUUGGAGGAUGUCCUUAACACCGAGUUUGAUCUAAUUUUGGAAGAUAACAGUGUACCAGAGAUUUCCAGAUUGUUAUGUUUAUAUUAUCGACUGUGUCAAGAAAAUAAGCAGGAGGAGCUGCAGGAAAGAUUGCAAAUGCUACCUAAAGUAUCUUUACAAGACUGUUGUAUAGGAAAUGAUUCAUCUGAUGAAAUAGAUUGUGAUAUUGAAGUGGAAACCAGCCCUUCAGGUACUUGUACAGUUUCAAAUCAAGUCCAAGCAUCUAAUGUCCCAUCUUCUUCAGAUUGUGCUGAAGAAAUGGAAACAUCAGAAGAGAAACCCCCAGUAGAGGAUGGAUGGCAAGUUAUAACCAGCAAAAAGAAAAAAAAGUAACCAAAAUUGUAUUUAUCUGAUUUUAUUUCAAUUGUUUAGGUCUUGUUUGUACAUUAGGAUUGUAAUUAUCUUAAAUGCCAUGUGUAUUUUGGAUUAUCCACAGUACAGUUUGUGUAAUAUGAAAUUUGUUAAGUGUGGGCUAUCUGUUGACUGGUUUGAAUGAACAGUUUGUAUCAUAUGUAAGCCAUUUAGUGGAGGGUUUUUUUUGUCCACACAUAGCAAACUAGUAAAAGAAAUUUGGUUUGGAUGUAAAUUCUAUUGAAAAGUUUCUUACUUUAUUAUGCUAGGAAAAUAAAACUGGUAACCUCAUAUGGUUUUUAUUAAUAAACUGCAAUAUUUUAAAUGGCAUUGUUUUAAUGCUGUAAUGUAUAGUUAAGAGUUUGAAACUCUUUAAAAAAAUGUUCAUUUGUAAAAAGAAAAUUAAAUUGACUUGAAUGGCAUAAGUUUCUUGUUUCUAUAGUUGCUUUUUUACCACCUUCAUUACAACAGAAUUAAUUCACUACAUUUCUUAACAUUUGUCCUGCUCAAACAUUUCUUUUACUGAUUUAUAUUGCAAAUGUAGGAAGUGAUUAAUGAUGUACAUCAAGUAUACACUAAAGUUUGCUUCAUAUCAUGUCAGUCCCUGCUGCUUUUCUAACUGCAUUGAGUAAUAAAGUUUUCUGUUAAAAAGCAAAACACACAUUAAAAAAAUUGUUUUUAAUACCACUUCACCUACACACAAAAUUGAGUCACAUACAUAUUAAAACUAAAUUGCAAAAUAAAACAGAGCACAUAAUUUUAUUUCCCUGCUCUGUCUCCUUGGUUCUGAUAAAACUUACAUCAUUACCAGUACACUUGUUAAAUGAACACUUCACUAAUAGAGUAACAUUGGUAUGGUUGAAAAAAAAAUGCAUCACUGAUUUGCCACUGUCAGCAAAUUGUUAAUUAAGCUCUAAAAAUACUUGUUAAUUAAUUAGAGACUUGUUCUCCUUGUCUGUUAAAUUUUACAUGAACCAGUUUUACAUACAGGGUCAAAUCAUGUU